UAUUCAAUGACAUUUUAAAGUUUUUUGACUUAUUUCCAACAAACUCUUCCAAAUGGCCGAGGAUGAGUUACCCAAGAUAGAGGAAAUCAAAGAGGAGGAAAAACCUGAAGAGAUAGUUGAGGAAAAACCUGCCGCAACUGAAGCAUCUAAUGAAAAUGUUGAACCAACACCACCACCACCACCAGCAGAUGUGAACAGUGAGAAGAAAGACGUAAUAACUGAACCAGCCCCGACGGAGGUUGAAGAAGAAAAAUCACUUCCUAAAGAAGAGUCAAAAAGUGAGGAACAUGUUACUAUACCAGAGACUGAGGUUGAACAUGUUUUGCAAGAACAUGAACAAAUUUGGAUAGAGAAGAAAGUCGAAUCGGAGUUAAAGAAAUUUGAAGUGGACGAUGACUACAUCAUUGUGGAGCAUAUUAAAACGGAACAGGAUGAAAAAGAAGAAGAAGAAUACGAAGAAGAAGACGGCGAAGAAAUUACCCCUACAGAAAAAUUAGACGAAGACAAAUCCUUGGUGUCCGAAUAUAAUAUCGAUCCUCGAAAAGAAGCAUCAGACGACUUUGUUGGAGAGGGCGAACUAAUAGUUGAAAAACCCAAACGUCAAAGUAAUAUAUUUGAUACUGAGAACAUCCUGUAUAAACCAGUCAAAUCCGAGAUUCAAUUGACCCAAUCGAAUCAAGAUCAAUAUGAUUGGUUUGAUUAUUAUGAUGAUGAUUAUGUUGAUGGAGUUUCUGAAAUUCAAGAGGAGCAAGAGGAAGAGGAAGAGCAAGAGGAAGAAGUGGAAGAGGUGAUUGAGGAAGAAAAAAUCGAUAGAAUAGCGUAUAUAAUAUUGUAUUUCGAUUUAAAAAAAAAAAUUAAAAAGGAGCAGUUGAUAAACAGGUUUCUUGAACGAAGAGUGGUGGAUAACUUGCGAAAAAGAAAGAUGGAGCAAGGGCUCCAAGAGAGAGAUGAAGAUGAAAACACGGAAUACGUAAAACGAUACAGAAUGCAACUGCUGAGCUUCCAAACUCAACAAGAAGUGCAAGAAAUCGAGCUAAACAUCUUGAAGGCCGAAAUAGAAGUGGAAAAAUCGGAAAGAAAUUAUCACGUCGACAUUAAAGACAACUUAUUUAAACAGCUGCAAACCCGCGCAAAAGAAAUUGGGAUGGGUUUGAUAUUUUCAAAAACUGGAAAGGUGAUCUCGGAUAACUUGGUCGAGAGUUUGCUGAACAGGCAGAAGAAGCAACACUUGCAAAUAUCGGAUAUGAGAUUCAAGUACAUAAAACUUAACAUGAAAGUUCAACAGAUAGAAGAGAAACUUCGUAACCUAGAGAAAAUCGGUUCUCAUCUAACUUUAAUGGACUUUGAACAGCUCAAGCUGCAAUACCGCACGUACGUUGAAAAACUGGAGGAAAAAGACGAGGAAUUGAAUCGUUUGAGGGUUUUGUGUCAGAACACCAUUCAGGUUUUGGCUCACUACAAGGAAAAAUCAAACGCCAUGGACUCUGACUUGGACAGUUUGUCCAUUGAACUGGCCAAGGUGGAUAUUGAAGUAAAUCAGAGUAGGGAAGUUCUAAACCAACUCAAACAGGAAAGGGAUCAGUUCAGGCAUAUGACCUAUGCUUUAAAAAAAGAAUCUGGUCUUCUAUCAAUACCGGAAUUAUUACACGAUAUGGAAAAUAGUUUCGGGGAGUUAAAGAGGGUUUCAAAAAAGCUUGCGGAUUUGGAAAAAGAAAUUAAAACGAAGCAAGUUCAAGUAAGAAACAUAAGAAAAAAUAUCGAAAUACAGACAGAAAUGAAGACCACAAUCAACAGAACUACCUCAGAGAGCAAACCAACAAGAUCAUCACAAAAAUUAGUCCCUAAGAAAACGGUUUUACCGGCUGAGGCUUUUCAAGACUUAAAACAGUUACCAAUAGCUAGCCAAUGUUUAAGGCAAAAAAAACCAUAAUUAUACAAGGUGUUUGUUAACCAACUGUUUUUUGACAUUUUUUUACUAAAAUCGGAAUCAAUCAAUAUCUUAUAACUUCCAAAAAUAUGAAAAAAUGAGUAGUUCCAAAUUAAAACGGCAAAUGGAAUGAGAAGAAUGAUUUCAGAUGUUGAUAUAUAAAAAUGAGGUGUUUUUAUUUGGAAAGACUCUAAAUGCACACCUUGUAUAUUGUAUUUAUAUGUAUUAUAUG